UAUAUAUAUAUAUAUAUUAUAUGUAUGUAUAUGUAUGUAUGUAUAUACAUAUAUAUGUAUAUGAGGUUAUAUAUAUCUACACUCUGAAUAUCACUCUACAAAGAAAAACCUUAAACCUGUUACAAAAACUGCACCACUGCGACCCGCACACCCAUACAAAGACCCGCUGGCCACCUGAACCUGUUACAAUAUCCGCUCCGCGCACAACACAUACAACCAGACUAAUUCUGGUCUCAAACCAGGCAACCCCGUCCUUUCAUUUCCCCCCUGCUUGCAAGGUCACAUACUCAGUUCACCUGUCAUCCAUGUCACUAUCGCUCCAGCUCCUGCUGAAGAAUUUGCUGCUGCUGUCGCUGUACUCAGUUCCACUUGUCUCUUCCUUUUCCUCACCGUUGCUGCUCCCUUUCCUGCUCAGGGGGAGUUGGAAGGUCCUGUGCCACAUGUCUCUGUCUCAUUCUCCACAACCAAUUUCUGGUAGUAGGUCUGGAGUUCACUCAGCACCACUUUUACACAGCCUACUACCUCUGCAUCUGUGUGCCUGUAUAACAGGAGGUUCCUGGUCUUCCACGGGGCACUCCUGAGGCAGGACGUAAAUGUCAAACUGGGGUGACAGGUUCCCCUGGUGUUUGGCGGGGUGCCCGUAUGGCGCCACUUCUCUGGUUAGCCCAUUGACACCAGUCACCGCUUUGCAGAGCUGCUGCACCAUAUUCUUGACUGUUCCGCAACCUUUCUGCGGACCACCUAAAUGGAGCUUGCAGACCAGUGGUGGUCCACAGACCACAGCUUGAGAACCUCUGAGCAAGAGUAUCCUGGAGCCAUCCCUAGCCAGCACUCCUGCCGUGCUCCCCACAGGCAGAUCUGCUGCUGGGGGGGAUGGUACAGAUGUACCCUGCUUCCCAGCCUCCCAGGUCCCACUCACUACUGCUGCACCAACCCCAGGAAACGUUCUUGUCCCGUCCUGCCCUGCUGUCCAGGCCAGCCAAGCACCAACUCUGUUAAUGGUUCAUUUGCUGGGAUCAGAGGCUGCAGCAGCCCCUGCGGCAGAGACCCAAAGGGCAGGACCAGCUGCUGCCAGGCAGAGCCCACCCUGCCCCACAGACACCUCAUCACCACUGUGCUCCUAGGACAACCCCUGCCGCAGGGACAGUGAACGUGCAGGUGCCUGCAUUAUCCCCUCUGGAGGUUGCCAGGGCUCAAUCCGGCCAGCAAUGCUGAUCCUGAGCUGUUCCUCCAAGCUGCAGCUGCUGGAGGGAGUGCUGCGGCAGAGCCUGCCUGAGACACUGCCGGUCCUUGGUGCUGUGAUGAACAUCAGCCGUGGGAAUCCAGCUGGCCAUGAGGUGUUGGUGGAUUCGUGGCCCAACUUCAAAGCUGUCCUCACCCGGCCACGCAAGGAGGUGGUGACGGAUGACUCUGAUUUCUAUGCUAACAUGUACUCAGCCUUCUACCGGGACCUGGGUGCCUACCGGGCACUGCUGAGCAGCCCAGGGGCCAUCAACUGGGCCCAGACCUUCCGCAUACAUGGGCUCCAGGACAGCGUGUGUGAAGCCUCCAGGGACAUUGCCAAGGCCAAGGGCUUCCAGGUGUACCCAUCCACUUACUUGGUGUAUCUCCUGCCAAGCUCCAGCACUGUACCUGAUGUCAGAUUCGGACACAGGGUUACCCUGUCUAUGGCAGUGUGGCAUUGGACAACCACCGCAUGCAGAGACUGCUGCAGUUCCAUGGCUUCCAGUGCCGGACUAAGCUGUGCCGUAUCAUCUUCCACAGCCCGGUGCCAGGCAAGUUUCCUGCCUGGGUUCUUCCAGACUUUUAGCUGGAUGCCAUUCCUGGAUUCACUGCUGGGCCUGGUCCCAGCCUGUACCCCUAGUCAUUCCCCAUGGACUGGUGCUGAGGGCUGCCAGCAUGGCUGGGCAAGGCCAGGGCUCACCUAAUUUCAUCUCCAGCCCCUCUCUCUGGCUGGAAGCCUGAAAUGUCACAUAGGGCAACCCCUCUUCCUGUACUCCUGAGUCCCAAAACCAGGCUGAUGGGCUCUGUCCUGUCCCCUGCACCCAAUAGCCAGGCCCCUCAAGGGUAGCCUCCUUUCUGCACUCCAUACCUGUAGCACCACACUGCCAACCCCCUCAGUGGUGGCCUUAGGGUUGUUGGGGCCCUGGGCAAGAGUCAUUUGGAGCCCCUUAGAACCACUUCCUUGCAAAAACUUCACCCCACAAAGAAUGUGGGUCUUCUAAAGUCUGGGGCCCUGGGCAGUUGCCCAGUUUGCCCUCCCCUAAGGCCGCUACUGGUCCCUUGCACUACCCUGGGCACCCAGACACCCCCCCCCCCCCAGCUAUUCCCUCCUCCCAUUUAAUAAAGCUGCAUACACUCACCUGCAUCCUGUGGUCUGACGUGUGCCCCUCACCUGCCAUCUCCCCCAGCCAGCCCCCGGGUACCCUGCUCCAUUCCCCCACCUCCCCCCUCAUCCUCUUCUUGGUAUUUCAUGGAUUUCAUAGACAUUAGGGCUGGAAGGGACCUCAGGAGAUCAUCGAGUCCAGGACAGGAAGUCAGCUGGUGUCAAAGGAUUCUAGCAAUAUAAGCAUCCCAAUGCUUCCUAAAGGAGUCCAGAGUAGGUGCUUGCACCACCUCUGGAAGGAGCCUAUUCCAGGCCUUGGGGGCUCAGACAAUAAAGAAGUUUUUCCUUAUGUCCAUCCUAAAA